CGACGUCACCCAGACCCGGAAACAGCAGGGUAAUGAAUCGGAGUCUGUUAUGCGUCUGUGAUGUGACAGCUCACGUUACAAUAGCGGAAACAUCUCAAGUCUACCACAUCGUUUAUAGCGGAUAAAAAAAAAUUUCCAGCUUUUUCAACUUGAAAAGGCAUUUUUUCUGCAGAGGGGAUCACACUUCUCUCACAAUCCUGUGACAGCAGUCAUGCCUCUAAGACUACGUAUCUUCUCUCUCAACUGCUGGGGAAUCCGUUACCUUAGUAAGCACCGCACUGAGCGAUAUGUCAUGAUUGGAGAUCUGCUAAGCAAGGAGCAGCAUGACGUGGCAUUACUGCAGGAGGUUUGGAGUGAAAAAGACUUCUACUUCUUGAAAACGAAGCUUAGCAGCACACUCCCUUAUUCCCAUUAUUUUAAAAGUGGAUUUUUUGGAAGUGGACUGGCGGUCUUUUCCAGGCACAGAAUCCAUGAUGUCUUUCUCUACAAAUACUCCUUAAAUGGUUACCCCUACAUGGCCCAUCAUGGAGACUGGUUUGGGGGUAAAGCUGUUGGGAAAUUACUGCUGAAUAUCAGUGGGUUGAUGGUGCAUGUCUACGUCACUCAUCUGCAUGCUGAGUAUUCCAGAGAACAAGAUUCCUAUCUCCCUCACAGAGUGGUGCAAGCCUGGGAACUCCAAAACUUUAUACGACACACAUGUGCUGGGGCAGAUGUAGUGAUAUUAGGGGGAGAUUUGAACAUGCAUCCUGAAGACCUCGGUGUAAAAUUGCUGCGCAGCUACGCUGGACUUCGGGACUGCUUUAUUGAGACAGCUAGCUUUGAAGGAUGUGAACAUGGAUUCACCCAUAUAACAGACAACCCAUUCACAAAUACUCGUGAACUUAGUCCAUUUGGAGGAGGAAUCCGUAUCGAUUACAUCUUAUUCAAGGGAUCAGGGAGAGUGGAGGUGAGCUGUAAUUCUAUGUCCACUACUAAGGGCUUCGUUCCUGGGUAUGACUUCCCUUACUCAGACCAUGAAGCUCUUAGCACUGAGCUUCUGCUUUGCCCUUUAAAAGAUGAGAAGAGAGAAACAGACUGCAAUGCAGCCAGUCUUUCUGAGCUGAUAAACACUGUGACAGAGGCUCGUACGGAGGUGAAGGUAGGCCUGCACUGUGCUGAGCGCAUGCGCCACACGGCUGCACGCACAGGGUUUAUGGGCCUGGCCUUGCUGCUGCUGGAGAUGGCCAUAGCUGCUGUGCCAGUAUUCUCGCUCGGAGCUGAAAAGCCUUUCCCCAAAGCUUCUUUCUACCUACUGGGGGCACUAUGCUUUGCCAUCCUUCUCUCUGCUCUCUUCCUGUACAUUUUUUACAGCAUGGAGGUGAAGUCCCUAGAAGGUACAGAGGACCAGAUGAGGCUUGCAGUAGGUAGCCUGCAAGAACAACUGAAGGAGCUACCUAAGGUUAUAGAUGAGGACGAUUCUCAAAGGGAGCCUGACGCUGUAGAACCAGAAGACUGAAUAACCAAGAUUCAAGAUUCAAAAUGUGAACACUUAACUAAAUGUCUUGGGCAUUUCCCACCUGUGUGCACAAGUUUAAGCUGAACUACACUCCAGAGCAUUCUGAUCGUAUCUGCCUCGUUUUGGAUAGUUACAAAUCUGACUGGUAGACCUCAUUCUCUCUAUGCUCCCAAUCACACCUCCCAAUUUGAGACGCAAGUGUCUGCUCCUCAUAGCUACUUUCAUUGUCUAAUGUUUCGUUCAUUUAAGUUUUGUUAACAGACCACCAUAUGUUUUGACCAGUCUGUAAAGAUUAAUGUAAAAUUAUUUGCGAGACAAUUGAAAAGAAAUGCAGCAGAAAAUCAGCAUAAUUAAUGGAAACAUUUGACCAGCAAAAAUUAUUUAUGUUAAUUUAUAUUUAUAUUAAUUUAUAUUAAUUCUAUUCGUUUAUGUAAUCACAAAUGAUCACUGAGGACAUGUUCAAAAUGGCAGGUGUGAGCGAGUGGCUAUUCAUCUCUGCUGUGUACUUGUGAUUCAAUCACACAGGUCACAUGUUAAUGCCAGCUGUGAGUGGGGCAUAUCUCUUACUGACUUUCUUACUUGAGUAGGCUAUAUAUUCUUGACAAAAGGGAGUUAUUAGCACCACAAGCCAAAAAGUUUUGGCAGUUUUUAUUAAUAAAACUAUGUGUGCGUCAUAGUGAUGAGUUUGCAGACCAGCAUAUAACUAAAGGAUAGGUGUCUGUCUCAGGAAUUUGAUUGGACCAAUUAUCUUGCUUGGUCACAAAUGGAGAACAAUAAUCAAGAAUAUCACUGAAAGAUAAUAGUAACCGAAUUGUAAGCAAUAACACUGUAUAAGCAAAUAUAUACCACAGCCCUGCUGAAUUCUCUAUUUUGAUUGGUCAGAAUGGGUUGCUUAAUUUCCAUUAUCACCCUGCUGUUUAUUAUUUUCCUAUAACAGCACACCCCAUCAUGUUUAUCCCUUUUACACGUUCAUGUCACAUAAGAAAAAUUUUAUUUAUUGUAGCACGUAAGGCGUAUAUGCUUUUUACAUUGCCAUUAAUGUUUUUUUUUAUUAAUUUAACUAACAACAGAUUUGAUUUAUCAGGCCCAGAAGAUAUACUGUAUAUCUAAUAGAAGGUGAUUCUAAGAACCACUAAUUUCCUUUACAUUAGUUUAAUGGCCUAAUGAUUUCUGAUUAACACCUGUAUUUGAUGUUUACACAAACUUUAAUAAACUAAAACUACACAUGUGAAUUUAUGUCUUAAAAUAACUUAACUCUGUACUGUAAUCACUCACUCCUAUGUAAUCACUUGACCAUGUACACCUACCACAAUAUCACUUUCAUGUAAACGUGUUUGUAUACCUCAUAUAUCUCCGUACACAUAUAGUAUUGUCUGCUUUCUGUAAACCCUAUAUGCAUUACAUUUUACUCACUCAUCUGAGUAUGAUUUCAGUUGUUUCAACAGAUGCAGUUUUUUAGAUGAAAUAAAUUAUUCUUAUUAAAAAUGCAAA